ACCAUAAAACAAAGUUGACUAAAAUACGUAAACAAAAGAAAAACUAAUAGUAGCAUAAUCAGCUCAAAUAAAAUAACUAUUAUAAGGAUGGUGUGUGGGGAAUGGUGUCGAUUCCAUUGAGGAAGAACCCAAAAAAAAAUUGUCACUAUUGUCACUCACUGACUUAGAAAAGGUUUAAAAUGAAGCUCUGGCAAACAAUUCAAAAUCCGCCAAUUCAGUGUUAUGUUUUGUAUAAGCAUUAUAAGAAAUGCUUCAAGCAAUUAGACUUCUGUGCCAUUUCGUAACUUGUCGUAGUGACAAUACUUAUUAUAAGACAUCCUUCAUAUUGCUGAGCGGCAUUCAUAUUGAUCGUUACUGUAACAAGAUCGGGUGGCGAACUACCAACGCAUGGAUGGCAGGCAACUUGGCUUGCAAGUUCUUCCUCGUGUUGCGGGCCUUCGGCCUUUACCUCUCCUCGAACAUACUCGUCUGUAUAUCGCUCGACCGGUUUUUUGCAGUCCUGUAUCCAUUGCGGUUGGCGGUCGCCAGGUCACGAAGUAAGACAAUGCUGUGCUUCGCGUGGUUCAUCGCCUUAUUUUGCAGCUUGCCACAGAGUCUCGUGUUCCGCGUGCUCCGGCACCCGGAGGUGCCCGAGUUCAAGCAGUGCGUGGCGUUCGACGCCUUCCCGAGCCACCGCCAGGAGCUCGCCUACAACGUGUUCUGCCUCUGCGCCAUGUACUUCCUACCGCUGCUCAUCAUCACAGUCUGCUAUGGGUGCAUUUUCUACGAGAUAUCUAAGAAUUCAAAGGAGAUAUCAGACAAAAACGUGUCAGACCACAGCCGCAUUCAAUUGCGUCGUUCAGACCGGCGGCCGCUGGCACGAGCGCGGCGGCGAACGCUGCGCAUGACCGUCACCAUCGUGGCCGUGUUCGCGUGCUGCUGGAUGCCGUACGCCACCAUGACUUUAUGGUACAUGGUGGACCGCCAAUCGGCCAAGCAUGUCUCGGCCCGGCUACAGGACCUAUUCUUCGUCAUGGCAGUGUCCAACUCAUGCAUGGAUCCUCUCGUCUACGGGACCUACGCGUUAAACCUAAAGGCCAUCUUCACAAAGACGUUUAAGAAAAUCUUCUGCAUACAUGCCGCUAGCAAUGAGAUCACACGAAUAUCAGCGCACGCAACUCUCAAGACUAAGCUGCCGACCCACGACUUGCAUCCUGCUCCAGCACAAUCCAGCAGUGUGCGUCGGCACAGGGUGCGCUUCCAGGAAACUUAUCUCGGCGGCCCUAGCGUCACGUCCGACCCCGUGCCAUGCUGGCGCGAGCACUCGGACGAGGACCGCAAAAUCAAACCGUCGAGAAGCUGCGAGGUGUUCACAUUGCAAACGCCAAGGGACUAUUAUUAAAUGUGCCAAUUUUACUAAAAUUCUAAACAAGACUGAAAAAGUAGCCAACAACAUGAACGGUGUGAUAAAAAA